UUCUGUGCUGUGGAAUGUGAAGAAGAAAGUGUUAAAAUUUGUGUGGUGUCUCGGUUGUUGGAAUGCCAGCGCGGGAGAAGCCAGUCAACUGUGAAGCCAACAGGUUGUCAAUGCCGAUUAUCCCCUGAACUGUGCUCUGGGGAGGGCUUUCACUUCAAAUUACCCCGAAAUUAGUUUUGCGAAUGAGUCAGGGUCAGAGUUCACUCAUUAGUUUCAGCAUUUGCACUUUGGACUGGAACACUUUCGUGGCGGCCCUCUAAUAGCUCAAAUUGGUGCGAUUAAACUUGUUGCAUCUUUCAAACAGCAUUGAGCAAACAUUUUCAUUUACAUAUCUCUCGAUUUCUGUAUGCCACAUGCAUCUUAACUUUCAACUGGUGCGAGGCGCCAACGCGUAUUAUAUAAACGUGAAUGAAGCCCGUCGUGAGAUGGAAAUCAGUGUGACGAACAACAAUUGCAAUUGCAGUUCCAGCUGUGCCGCUGGCAUCCGCAGCGUCAGUGUAGGUGACCAGAACGACCAGAUUACUGUGCUGCCAAAGACUUUGGAUCUGCCGCCCAGCUACGAUGAGGCAGCAUACUGCGAACAGAAGCAAGGAGUAAGCAAUGCAGCCUCCACACUGACUAUUGCCACCAACCUGGAGGUGGGCAUCAACGAGCCACCGCCAGUCUACGAGUCGGGAACUCUCGCCUCCACCACCACGACGACAACCACCACAACGUUCCUGGUGAACGGUCAGCCACCGGUGUUGUAACAAAAACUUUCGA